AUGAGAUCCAUUUUCUACCCUCGGGAUGAGCGCUCCCGAGUAUGGCGAGUAACAUUUCUCUGUUGUAUGGCUAACUUCAUUAAUGCUGCCGAUCGAGUUAUCAUGCCACUAGCCGUCAAUCCUAUAGCAGAUCACUUUAAAUGGGACUUGCAUCAGCACGGCUGGGUUCUCAGCGCCUUCUCCGUUGGAUAUAUGAGCAGUAUGAUACUUGGCGGUAGUGCGGCUAAACGGUACGGUGGUAGCAUUGUUCUUAUGACAGCUGUUCUACUUUGGUCCCUGUCCUCCUUUGUUACCCCGUGGUUUGCAUUUUCCACAUCUACUCUGGUUGCUUUGCGGUUUCUACUUGGCGUGGGAGAAGGUAUAGGUAAGCUUUUAUCGUUCAUCCCUGAUUUCCAGUUCUUCAUUUUUGUGGAGUUCUCACAUUUGUAG